GCGCCGGGAAAGUCACAGCUCCGCCUGUCCCCACCCGAAGUCUCAGACUCAGAAGCUCAGCACCCUCCUCCAUCGCUCCCGACACCAGAGAUCUCUCACAGCAAGUCCGACAUUUGCAGCGUCUCUCACAGUUUCUCAACCGCCACAACUGCUGCUUCCAUCCUCGACGAAGAGGACGCUAUCAGCAAACUCCACCGACAUCCUCCUCCUUCUUCUACUUCUUCUUUCUCUCGCCGCAACAUGUCUGAAAGAAUCUCCAGAUCUCCGAGAGGACAACACUCGCCUCAGGGGAAGCUGUCCCGUCCGAGAGAGACCAUAUAACCAGCCAACCGGCGAAAUGUGGACUCGAGUCCUCUCCCACGAAGCGGGUUGCUAGAAGGUCCAAGACGUCGGUCACGGUCUCCGGCAACUCGUGGCCCUAGUUCGGCAAGAAGAAGCCCCAUGAAGAAGCGUGAAGCAGCUCUGGAGAAGGAGGGAGCAGAAGUGAAGGUGAAGAAGGAAGAGGAGAAAGUAGCUGUAGAGGAAAAGAAGGAAGAAGAAGAUGUAGCUGUGAGGGAGCCUUAUGUGUCUAUGGAAUGCUUCAUCUUUCUCUGAUCUCACUCUCUACUUCCAUUAACUGAUGCUUUGAUUGAUUCAUUUUGAUUUCCACUUUUUGAAUUGUAAAUUCCGUAAUGUACAAUAAUAUUAACCAAAUCUUUGCCGAUC